GCCGGAUAGCAGCGCCACGCUCCGGAUCAAGUGCGAGUUUCGUCGGUGCUUGCGCAGCGCACAGCACAAGCAAUAAUCGGGAGUGUUUCCUUCAGGGGCGUAUAUGCACUUUAUGCCAGGAAAGUGUCCAAGCGAUUCCGUGCAUUGAAGAGCCGCUUCUUUGCCAAAGCAGCCCCGCUAGUUAUCAAGUAUCGAGGCUGGUUGGAUAUGGUGCCUCCGGCUCAGUGAACACAGCGCCCAUUCACACGCGAACCGUUCAGAGAGGGGAGCUGAACUACGCCUAAAUCACGUUCUUUUCGAAUACCGUGCACCGCUACUUUAGCCAAUCAUGACUGACGCGAAGUACUUCACGACAACCAAGAAAGGUGAAAUAUUCGAGCUGAAGAGCGAACUCAACAGCGACAAAAAAGAGAAGAAACGCGAAGCAGUGAAGAAAGUAAUCGCCUCGAUGACAGUCGGCAAGGAUGUCAGUGCCCUGUUUCCAGAUGUGGUAAACUGCAUGCAGACGGACAACUUAGAACUGAAGAAACUUGUCUACCUCUACCUGAUGAAUUAUGCUAAGAGUCAACCUGAUAUGGCUAUAAUGGCUGUGAAUACAUUUGUAAAAGACUGUGAGGACGGCAACCCCCUCAUCCGGGCGCUGGCGGUACGCACCAUGGGUUGCAUCCGCGUGGACAAGAUAACGGAGUACCUAUGCGAACCCCUGCGGAAGUGCUUGAAAGACGAGGACCCCUACGUGCGAAAGACGGCUGCCGUGUGCGUCGCCAAGUUGCAUGACAUCAAUGCCCCCCUCGUGGAGGACCAGGGCUUUUUGGAUCAGCUGCGAGACCUUCUCUCUGAUUCCAACCCCAUGGUAGUGGCCAAUGCUGUGGCAGCGCUUUCCGAGAUGAACGAGGCGUCGAGCAGUGGCCAGCCACUGUCCGAGAUGAGUGGGCCAACCAUCAACAAGCUGCUGACGGCACUGAACGAGUGCACCGAGUGGGGUCAAGUGUUCAUCCUCGACUCGCUGUCCAACUACUCGCCCAAGGACGAACGCGAGGCCCAAAGCAUCUGCGAGCGGGUCACUCCGCGCCUGGCACACGCCAACGCGGCCGUGGUGCUGUCAGCAGUCAAGGUGCUGAUGAAGUUCAUGGAGAUGAUGAGCAGCGACUCCGACUUUAUCACCACCCUGACAAAGAAACUGGCCCCUCCUCUGGUCACUCUGCUGUCCAGUGAACCAGAAGUGCAGUAUGUGGCACUCAGGAACAUCAACCUUAUUGUGCAAAAAAGGCCUGACAUCCUGAAACAUGAAAUGAAGGUGUUCUUUGUCAAGUACAACGACCCAAUAUACGUGAAGUUGGAGAAAUUGGACAUAAUGAUCCGCCUUGCAUCCCAAGCAAACAUUGCUCAAGUCCUGGCUGAACUGAAAGAGUACGCAACAGAAGUGGACGUGGACUUUGUGCGCAAGGCUGUGCGUGCCAUUGGUCGCUGUGCCAUCAAGGUGGAGCCGUCAGCCGAGCGGUGUGUCAGCACCCUGUUAGACCUCAUCCAGACCAAGGUCAACUAUGUUGUCCAAGAAGCUAUUGUUGUCAUCAAGGACAUCUUUAGGAAGUACCCAAACAAGUACGAAAGCAUUAUAUCCACUCUGUGUGAAAACCUGGACACGCUGGAUGAACCAGAAGCAAGAGCCUCAAUGAUCUGGAUCAUUGGAGAGUAUGCAGAACGCAUUGACAAUGCGGAUGAGCUGCUGGAAAGCUUUCUGGAAGGAUUUCAUGAUGAGAAUACUCAGGUUCAACUUCAAUUGCUUACAGCCAUAGUCAAGUUGUUUUUGAAACGACCCACAGAGACCCAAGAGCUUGUACAGCAGGUUUUGAGUUUGGCCACCCAAGAUAGCGACAAUCCCGACCUCAGAGACCGGGGUUUCAUCUACUGGCGGCUGCUCUCGACGGAUCCUGCGGCUGCCAAGGAGGUGGUGCUGGCUGAGAAGCCACUCAUCUCCGAAGAGACAGACCUGCUUGAGCCCAGCCUACUCGAUGAGCUCAUUUGCCACAUUGGCAGCCUUGCGUCUGUCUACCACAAGCCACCGUCAGCCUUCGUCGAGGGAUCGCGCGUUGGUCUCCGCCGUGCCCUACCCCUCAGGCACAACUCCGUGGGCUCGGCAGACGAAGCUGGAGCAUCGGGAGCUGGAGACCAGUCGACGGUCAUCCCGAGUGCUGACACGCUGAUUGGAGACCUCCUGAGCAUGGACAUUGGAGCCCCGCCCCCUGUGCCACCCGCUGCGGCCGUGCCGGUGCCACCGGCUGCCCCUCCAUCGGCAGCCAUGGACAUCUUUGGUGGCGGUCUGGACAGCUUGUUGGGUGACACCCUUGGUGGCGCUGGAGCUGCUCCUAUCCCAGCAGCAGCACCGGCGCCAUUGGCAUCCACCAACACGACAGGCCUGCUGGGUGACAUAUUCGGCCUGGGCUCCACUAGCACCUUCUACACGCCACCAAAGCAGAUCUGGCUGCCUGCAGCACGAGGAAAAGGUUUGGAGAUUGCAGGCUCCUUCACACGAAGAAAUGGCCAAAUCUUCAUGGACAUGACCUUCAGCAAUAAAGCAAUGCAGGCUAUGACUGCCUUUGCUAUCCAGUUCAACAAAAACAGCUUUGGGCUGGCCCCCGCGCAGCCGCUACAGGUGCAGGCUCCCUUGCAGCCAAACUUCCCAGCGGACGCAAGCCUACCACUUUCCACUACUGGCCCUGUCCAGAAGAUGGACCCCCUCACGAACUUGCAGGUGGCCGUCAAGAACAACGUGGACGUCUUCUAUUUCAGUUGUGUGGUUCCAUUGCACGUGUUGUUUGUGGAAGACGGACUGAUGGACAAACGCGUGUUCCUAGCCACCUGGAAGGAUAUUCCAGCCCAGAACGAGCUUCAGUUCUCGCUGGAUGCGGGGUCCCUGUCCGCUGACCAACUGGCCCAGCGGCUGCAGCAGAACAACAUCUUCACCAUCGCCAAGCGCAACGUUGACGGCCAGGACAUGCUGUACCAGUCGCUGAAACUCACCAACGGCAUCUGGGUGCUGGCCGAGCUGAAGGUUCAACCGGGGAACCCCAGGAUCACUUUGUCCUUGAAGACGAGAGCGCUGGAAGUGGCACAAGGGGUGCAUCAGAUAUAUGAAAUCAUCCUACACAGCUGAGAAGACUGAACGGGAAUGUUUCUCAAUGCCCCCCCCCCCCCUUUUUUUUCUUGAUGCAGUUGUCUCUGACCUGCCUUUUUUUUUUCUUUUGUGGCAUGUAUGCAAAGCAUAAGUGCAACAUUCCUAAGUUAUGUCACUGCGUCUGUGUGAAAGGACUGCAGACUUAGCGUGCUUGGUUGGCAUCUGAUUCGCGUGUAGAGCUGUCAAAAUUUUUUUUGUAAGUUUGUCUCUUCAUUUCGUGUACUGGACAUUCCCGACCCAACCGUCACUUUGGAUCGUAGUGUAUAGUUGAAACUUAAAGGCCCUUCUUUACUCACUGGCUGCUGCAUUGCUCUUUAUAUUUUAUUCUUCCACUAUCAAAAACGUCUUAGGCUUUUCUUCAGCUCAUCUUCGAUUGGAUGUGUGUGAAUAUGAAUGUUUUGUGUUGGAAGAGCAAGCGAAGCAUCAAAGCCCUAUGUGUUUAUUAGCUAGUAAAAGGUGUGCAUCACGA